GGGAGUGACCUUUACUAGAGAUUACCCUUAACUAGCUAGUGAGUUCGGCCCAAAGGGUCCAAAUUUGUUUUUUUUUUCUUUGAAAGGAAAGGGUCCAAGGUUUUGUUUAGCGAGAGACGGUGAUGGGCCCAAACGGAUCGAUUUCGUGGGCUACGGCCCUUAAUAAACCCCUCACAACUAGGCGAUGGCGACCCGCCGACCCACGGAGUCAAACCCAAGUGAGGAGCAAGCAGCGUGCUCUGGAAGGAGCCGGAGCCCGGGAACCCACACCGCCCCCAAAUAAAACCACCGCCCGCCCGCCCGCCGCGCCCUCCUCGCCGGCGACCAUGACCUCCUCCUCGCCGGAGCCCUCGCCGCCGGGGACCCCCUCGCAGGUCCUCAGCGUGCGCAUCGUCUCGCUCGACUACUACAUGGCGCCGCCCGUCCCCGGCCUCGACAUCUCCUACAGCCCCUUCCACUGCGAGGAGGUGGAGGAGGUGCCGGUGAUCAGGAUCUACGGCUCCACCCCCGCGGCGCAGAAGACUUGCCUCCACAUCCACCAGGCCCUGCCGUACUUGUAUGUACCUUGCCCAGAGGAGCUACUUCAUAAUAUUGAAAGAGGGAAUUCAUGUAUGACUGGUCUAUUGAGUGACCUCGAGAAAACUUUACAGAAUCGCGGCCCAGCAAAAAGGAAGCAUGUCCAUGGAUGUAGCCUUGUUCGAGCAAAGAAGUUGUAUGGUUAUCAUUCAUCCGAGGAGAUUUUUGUGAAGAUCUACCUAUAUUAUCCUCAUGAGGUUUCUCGGGCUGCGACCCAUCUAUUGGGCGGUGCUGUUCUUGAUAGAGUAUUCCAGCCUUAUGAAUCACACAUUCCAUAUCUUCUUCACUUUUUGAUCGACUAUAACUUGUAUGGAAUGGGCCAUGUACAUGUCACAGACUUCAAGUUCCGCCCUCCAUUGCCAGGUGAUUUUCAUCCUAAGACUCUGCAUAGGAAGGUGGACUCUUCUGAUGAAUCGGAGCACAAGACACAUUCAUAUAAUGCUGCGAUGAAAAACCCAAUUAUCUGGACAUCAUCAACAGUGCCACAUGCUUUAAUCCUGGGCGAUUCUUCAUCUUCACAUUUCAUGGAAGGAUCAAGUUCGAACUUCAGAAAACGACAUACUUUUAUGAUGCUUGAAGCUGACUCCAGAGUAGAAGGAAUCAUAAACGAGAAGUAUAAGAUGUACACUUCUCUGUCACAAACAAUGGCAGAUACCAAAAUGGUUCAGUCGCUUUUAGCAAUCUGGGAGGAACUUGAGCACUUAAGACUACUGGAUGAAACAAAACCUGCUGAUAUUGGUAGACCACCGCGGGAUGCUGUUCUUAAAAGUUUUCUUCAUGGUAUUAAGUAUGAGAGUGCUCUUUCUGCGUUGGAUCCAAAAGAGGAGGGGUCCCAUCACAAAGAUUCUGCCGUUGAAGCAUCUGAAAAGCUUGAGAGGUGCUUUAAAUCAUUGACUGAUGUUAUUGGGACUAUCACAUUCUCACAAAAUGACUGCUGCGAAAAUAUUGGUAGUGAUAAUUCUGCUCCAAGAACAUCUCAGUCAUUUGACGAACAUGAAAAGCAUGUAGAUUCUGAAGCACUUGGGCUUUUAAGCUGGAUGGCCUCCUCACAGGCUGGGGAGGAGCCAACAACUGAUGAUGAAUUAGUCAAUGAAGUCAUUCUGAGCCCUUUGUUCUCCAAGAAGUCCAUUGAAUUUGCUCUAGAGUCUGCUCACUUGGAUUUUGAUAGUGCUUCUCAGCAGGAGUGCCAGGAUAUUCUUGAUACACUUGAACCCGUGACUGGGGCAGAAGAAUUGAAUGCUCAGAAGUCUUACCACAGUUCUCCAGUGCUUGAUGAGAGUACUUCAGUGACCAAUACUAUUCCUCAGAUUGAUGGGUCUUCUGAUGAAAAACAGAAAGGCCCCCAAGAAUAUGAUCAGGGUAAAAUUACUAGAAGAAAAAUAGGAACAGCUAGUUACUCAUCUAGUAAAAAUAGUUCAAAGUUAGCAAGUAAGCAUGGAGGUACUGAACUUCUCUGGGGUUCUUUGCCUCUUUCUACUAAAAAGCGGUCACAUGGAAAUGCUGAUGGUCCUGUUAAAAUUUCUUCAGGCAGUGCAAUGCCAACUGAGGAUCCAAGUUCUUACAAUAGUAAAACUGAGAAGAACUCUUGUCAUACCACAGACGACACUGAUAAGGAAUCUUCUGGUUCGAUAGGUGAACAUGGCCCAGCCUGUCUUUCUGUGAGGGAUUUAAUGAGGAGGAAGCGGAGGGGAUCUUUUCAGCCUGAAAAGUUAGAUUUUGGUUGUUCUGGAACUGCAGCAUGCAACAUGGAUAAAACCAGCGGAAUCGUGAUUUCUGGAGGAUUAGAAGUGCAUGAUGUCACCAGUGGUCUUCCAAAUUCAGAAACAUCUUAUUCUGGUGGUGAAUAUGUACAUAUGACAUUUGCGCAGAAGCCUCCAACUGGUUCGGAGGUUUCUUCGGCGAGCAUUGAGCAUCCUGAAUCUGCUAAACUGGGAUCGGUUGACCCCCUUCCAUUUUUCAAUCAGACUGCUGAAGAGAACAAGGAGAAUGGAUCAUUUCAAUAUAUGGGAAGUAGUGAAUUCACACCUGAUACUUUGGGUGUUCCAACUCAUUUCCAAAAUGACGGAUCACUCCUAUAUUUGCUGACGCAUGCAUUUUCACCGCCAUCUGCAGCAGCUGUGGGCCAGUGGCUACCUCAACACACUUAUUCCAAUAGUGUCUCUGGUUACUUCAACUGUGGUGAGAAUGUUACAGAUGAUCAGGAAAUAGAACACCAUCCUACUUCAACACCACAUGCGGAAGCUCUUCCUUUGAUGGCCAAUUCUCCUGUACCCGGAUCUGCUUCUGAGCAUACAACAACAACGUUCAUUGAUACAGUUAUGAUGAAAUCUGAUCAGCCGAACAAAGAAAAUAAAAAGUUGGAUGAUUGGCAUGACUUUUCGCAGAUCUCAGCUGAAGAUGAAAAGCAUAAGCUCACACCUCUCAGUCAAAUUGGAUUUCGUGACCCUGCUAGCACCGGUGGUGGACAACAACUGACGAUACUUAGCAUAGAGGUUCGACUAUAUUCUUCGUUCGUCCUAGGAAGCAGGGUGGUAUUUGCGGAAAGCAGAGCAGAGCUACGUCCUGAUCCACGGUUUGAUGCCAUCAAUGUUGUAUCUUUGGCUGUUGAGGAUGAUGGUGACAAUACUGUUGAAGUUUGUGUACUCAUACGUGGAAACAAUGACAAGUCACAAGGGAGGAGAAACCUUGACGGAGUUAUUGGUUGCAGUGUUGAUGUCUUCCCGGAAGAGAGGGAUCUUUUGAAUCAUCUUAUCGAUGCAUUAUGUUCAAUUGAUCCAGAUAUCCUAGUCGGAUGGGAGAUUCAGUUAGGAUCUUUAGGAUUUCUUGCUGAAAGAGCUGCUUAUCUGGGUAUAGGCUUACUGAAAAGAAUCUCAAGGACACUACCACAUGAGUCAAAACAUCCACCUAAGAAUCUAGCCCAUGAGUCUAGUCAGGUGCCUGAAGCAUCUCCUGCCGAUGAUGUUAUUAUGGAUGUCAGUGAGAAUGAUUGGAGUCAUACUCAUGCUAGUGGUGUACAUGUUGGUGGGAGAAUUGUACUAAACUUAUGGCGUCUCAUGCGUGGAGAAGUUAAGCUUAACAAUUACUCCCUUGAAGCUGUGGCUGAUGAAGUCCUGAGGCGAAAGGUACCAUUAGUACCAAACAAGACAUUGAAUCGAUGGUUUGCAACAGGUCCUGGACGAGGAAGACACCGGUGCAUAGAAUAUGUUAGCAGCAGAGCUAUGCUCAACCUUGAAAUAAUAAAUCAACUUGACCUGGUCAAUCGGACAUCUGAACUUGCUCGUGUGUUUGGUAUUGACUUCUUCUCUGUUCUUUCACGGGGGUCUCAGUUUCGUGUUGAAUCUAUGCUCUUGAGAUUGGCUCAUACACAGAACUACCUUGCAAUUUCCCCAGGAAACCAACAGGUUGCUUCUCAGCCAGCCAUGGAGUGCAUGCCACUUGUAAUGGAACCAGAAUCAGCUUUCUACUCUGACCCAGUUCUUGUAUUGGAUUUUCAAUCUCUUUAUCCUUCCAUGAUAAUAGCAUAUAAUCUAUGUUAUUCUACUUGCUUGGGUAAAGUUUUCCCGUCGAAGUCCAGUGUACUUGGUGUCAGCUCAUAUUCAGCAGAUCCGCAUACGAUCGCUGAUCUGAAAAAUCAGCUGAUCCUUACUCCAAAUGGAGUUCUGUAUGUGCAACCCGAGGUCAGAAAAGGUGUAGUGCCUCGCCUUCUUGAGGAGAUACUGUCAACCAGAAUUAUGGUGAAGCAAGCAAUGAAAAAGCUAGCUCCAUCUCAGAAGGUUCUGCAGAAGAUACUCAAUGCUCGGCAACUUGCUCUGAAGCUGAUAGCUAAUGUAACGUAUGGUUACACAGCUGCUGGAUUCAGUGGUCGUAUGCCCUGUGCAGAGCUUGCAGACAGCAUUGUUCAAUGUGGUCGUAGAACGCUUGAAACAGCAAUAUCAUUUGUCAAUCAGCAUCCCUUGUGGAAUGCUAGGGUUGUGUAUGGUGAUACUGACAGUAUGUUUGUUCUUCUAAAAGGGCGAUCUAGGGAAGAAGCAUUCAGAAUAGGAAAGGAAAUUGCCUCUUUAGUGACUGCGAGUAAUCCGGAUCCAGUCACUUUGAAGUUUGAGAAAGUGUACCAUCCCUGUUUCCUUCUUACAAAGAAGAGAUAUGUUGGCUAUAGCUAUGAAAACCCCGAACAGAACGAGCCAAUCUUUGACGCAAAGGGGAUUGAGACAGUGCGGAGAGAUACAUGCCCGGCGGUUGCGAAGAUGUUAGAACGAUCUCUUAGAAUAAUGUUUGAAGAACAAGACUUGGUCAAGGUUAAAUCGUAUGUGGAGCGUCAAUGGACACGGAUAUUAUCAGGAAAAGUUUCUAUUCAGGACUUCAUUUUUGCAAAGGAGGUUCGUCUUGGUACUUACAGUGCAAGGGCAUCCUCGCUGCCACCUGCAGCAAUUGUUGCAACAAAAGCAAUGUUGUCUGAUCCACGGGCAGAACCACGUUAUGCAGAGAGAGUGCCCUAUGUUGUUAUCCAUGGGGAACCAGGGGCUCGUCUCGUCGAUAUGGUCAUUAAUCCAUAUGGUCUGCUAGAAGUUGGAUCCCCUUAUAGGUUAAAUGAAUUAUAUUACAUAACCAAACAGAUUAUUCCCGCACUACAACGUGUCUUUGGACUCCUAGGUGUUAACCUAAAUAAAUGGUUUAACGAGAUGCCUCGCCCCACACGGUCAACACUCGCGAAACGCCAGUCUGCUUUGGGUCAUGGUUCUCGUGAUAGCAGUUCCAUCCGAUUGGGAUGGAACAAGAAACCGUCCGCCAAAGUAGCCAGGAUAGAUACUUAUUAUAUGUCGAGCCAUUGUACUAUCUGUGGUGAUACAGUUCAAGGAUCAGAAAUUUUUUGCAGUCACUGUUUAAAAAAUGAAGCUGUUGUUGCCACUGUAGUCGCUGGCAGGACAUCAAAACUGGAGCGAGAAAUCCAACAUCUUGCUGCUGUAUGUGGCCACUGUGGCGGCGCGGACUGGAUCGUGGAAAGUGGGGUCAAGUGUGUUUCGCUUGCAUGCCCGGUGUUCUAUGAGCGUCGGAAGAUUCAGACGGAGUUAAGAGUCGUCUCGGAAUCCGCUGGAGAAGCUGGCUAUUAUCCAUUCUGCUGCGCGGAGCUAUUCUGACUUUGUACUCUUGUUGUUUAUAUCUUGUACAUUGUACAUCUGUAAAAUGUACAAUCAGACUGUAAUUAUGUUGUUGUAACAUGUAACUCAUAGCAUUGUAAUGUACUAGUGCGUGUAGCAAAGGAGUAUAGAAAAUGUGUAAUAACACACAUCCUCAUUUGAGAGGACAAGAAAAAGUUACUCGCCUGUCA